AUUUUGAGGUUAUAUUCUCGUGUUUUCUUCUUCUCUCUUCUGUUUGUUUUGUUUAGAGUGUUUACACACAGAGAUUUCUGAAAAGCGAAAAUAGUGUCAUAUCUGCGCCCCUUUGACAGUGUUUGCGUACUGACACAGCGCCCAGAGAGCAUCUUUUUGGCAGGGAAAUAUGGUUGGAGGUGUGAAGCAUCAUCAGCAGGAGUUGAUUGGGGACAGCGCCGAGGGCACUCCCGGCGACCUGGCGGCGGCACAGGACUCGGGGCCGAGUGGGGUGUUCGCGGGGGCGCCCAAGGAGGAGCCCAUGGACCUCAAGGCGGGCCCAUACAUCGCGCGCCUCAGCAACAAAGACAAUGUGCUGUACAUCAAGGAGGCCGUGACGGUGAUCGGGCGCCAGUCCUCCAAGUCCACAGUCAACUACCAGAUCGGGCGCAACAUCUUCGUGUCGCGGAAGCACAUGCAGAUCACAUACGACGCCGCCACCGGGAACUUCUAUCUCACGUGCUUCAGCAAGAACGGUGUCUUUGUGGAUGAGACAUUCCAGAGGACCUACUUCGAACCGCUCAAGCUACCAAAAACCUGCAUGCUGAGAUUCCCGAGCACAAACAUCCAGAUGCGCUUCGACAGCUUCGUGGACGGGCCACGUCCGCUGGGUUCGGGCGCCGGCGAUGUGGCGAUGGAGGGCGGCGGCGUGGUGAAGAUGGAGGGCGGCGUGUAUGAGCCGCUCAAUAUCACCAUCCCGGAGGCCGGCGACAAGAAGAUGGCCCUGGCGUCGCCGCCGGGCACGAUAAGCGCCACAAACAGCUGCCCCACGAGCCCCGGCGGCAAGACGUUCACCGACUACCCCACGUACAGCAUCAACAACAAUUUCCAGAAUGACCUCUUCGCCGCGCCAUCCACUUCCACGUACGGCGACAAGAAGCCGCCGUACAGCUACGCGCAGCUCAUCGUGCAGAGCAUCUCGUCGUCGCCCGAGAAGCAGCUCACGCUCGCCGACAUCUAUUCCUUCAUCUCGAAAACCUAUCCCUACUAUCGCACCAUCGAUAGCAAAGGAUGGCAGAAUUCCAUUCGUCACAACCUGAGCCUCAACAGAUGCUUCAUAAAGGUACCGCGGUCCCAGGAUGAGCCGGGCAAGGGCUGCUUCUGGCGCAUCGAUCCCAACAGCGAGAUGAAGUUGAUCAACAAGAGCUACCGGAAGAGGCGAGAGCGCGGCCAGCAGAACUAUCGGAUCCCAUUCGGGAUGCCCCGCUCCGCGCCCGCGUCGCCCACCCACAUGGAGAGCGAGCGCCACCGCCGACAGUCGCCGUCGCCGGACGGCUUCGAGCUGAUGAGCGCCCCCGGCUCGCCGGGUGCCAACAACAUCGUCCAGGAGUACGUGAUCCCAGACGGCAACGGCUACAACUCCGGGCCCGGACACUAAAGCCGCGCUCCGCCCUCUUGGCGCGCGCCGCUUCCCCUGGACGACGACGAUACUUGGCUUUUGAGCGAUUGGCGCCCCCUCCGGAACCCUGAAUCUUUGAUCUUCUUCUCACAAAGUGACAAAGCUACACACUUGGACUAGGCUAGGCUCCUCUCUAGGGCGAUUCUGGGCGGGGGCGCGCGCGAUUUUUUUUUUCUGUUGGAGGGGGGGAAAGCGGGGCGCGGGGAGUGCGCGCGCGCGAGAGAUUGAACAAAAGAGGAUGAUGAUGCAUAUGAGUUUAUGCAGAAGGAGAGAGUAAACUUUAGAGAUUUUGCAACAGACACCAACGUUUUUUUGAUGAGAGAGAGAGAGAAAAAGAGAGGAAAAGUGGAGGAAACAAAACAACCUGAGAAGAGAGCAAAAUGUCGAAAAUCACAUAAUUAUUGCCUAUUUAUUUUGGAGACAAAAAAAACUCGUGAAAAGCUACCGAAUUGACCUCAUUUUCCUCUAAAAACUUCUGAACUUAUUAUUAUGGAUCUAGAAACAUGAAUAUUAAGUGAAAAAAAAUGAUGGAAAACAAAUUGUAAUUGAAGGAUGCGCGCCUUGAGCAGGAAAUGGCGCUAUGAUUCCAAAGAUUUGCAAUUGAGAAUCUCAUGUGAAGAUUAUGAAGAGAUUCUAACACUGAAUUCCAUGUCAGAAUUCUCAUCUGGAAUGUUUUCUGGACAUGAUCUUUGCUGACCGUUUUCCCAAGGGGCGCUCCUUCACGAAAACAUCCUCGCGAUCAGCAGACUUUCCCUGUAACAUGAGCGUAAUUGUCGGUGGUGAAAUAUUUGAUGAAAACAAUGAAA